UUCCAGCCCUUAAUUAAUUAAUUGUGUUUUGUAAACCUAAAUCUCCAUGUACAAUAUCUUUGUCAAAAUGUUAGCUGCAAAUCAAAAACUAAAGAAAGACUAGCGCCAGCAAUGGCUGAAGCUUCUUCGUCAAGGAUGAUGGCUAUAGCUAGCUAGCUAACCCGACUUGGUGGCAUUAAAAUGUCAACCUGGGUGCUUCCAAACAAUUCUGCUCCAGUUGCCCUUCUGCUUCAUCAACAUCAAACCUAUCAUUAACUACUUUACUGGUUCAUUUUUGUGUGAUUUCUGAGGUCCAAAACAUGGAGGAAACCCUUCCUCCAGGGUUCAGGUUUCACCCAACUGAUGAAGAACUCAUCACCCACUAUCUAACUCAUAAGGUGUCUGAUUUCAGUUUCACUUCUAAAGCUAUUGUAGAUGUUGAUCUCAACAAGUCUGAACCUUGGGAUCUUCCAGGCAAAGCAUCCAUGGGAGAGAAAGAAUGGUACUUCUUUAGCUUGAGAGACAGAAAGUAUCCAACUGGGCUGAGAACCAACAGAGCCACAGAAGCAGGCUACUGGAAGACAACAGGCAAAGACAAGGAGAUUUUCCGAGGCGGCGUCCUGGUUGGGAUGAAGAAAACACUAGUCUUCUACAGAGGUAGAGCCCCCAAAGGUGAAAAAACCAACUGGGUUAUGCAUGAAUACAGGCUCGAAACCAAGCUUUCCUUCAAACCAACCAAGGAGGAAUGGGUGGUUUGUAGGGUUUUCCAGAAGAGCUCAGCCGUGAAGAAACCACAGCAAACGUCGCCUUCACAGCCAUCCAUGGACUCUCCUUGUGACACCAACACAAUGGCUAAUGAAUUUGGGGAUAUUGAUCUAGCCAAUAUGAGCAGCAUCGUGAAUUCCUCGACUGCCAUGAGCAAUGUCAAUCUGAACACGAACACGAACACGAUGAGUAAUCUGAACAUGAAUUGGCCAGCAGCCACUGAUCAAGCAGCUGCAAAUGGUGGUAGCCCUUUCGCAUCGCCGCUACCAUGGCCCCCCAGCUUGCUGGGUUCAAAUCUCUCAGUGAAUGCCUUGCUGCUUAGGGCAUUGCAGCUCAGGAGUAGUGCUUAUAAUAAUCAACCAAGAGAGGCUGCAAACGCUGAUUAUAACCCGUUCAUGGCGCCUCAGGCCAUUUCUCAUCAGCUUGGAAGUGAUUUUAGUUCCAAUAAUUCUGUGCAGCAGCAGCCCCAGGAGCAACCAUUCAAUCUGGACUCCAUUUGGUGAAGCUUUUACCUAAGAACUAACAGCUUAUUGUAAACUUCUUUCAUCCUUCAAUUGGGUAAACGCAAUUGGAAAUCAUGUAACUAAUCCUAGUACGUACUCGUUGCUGGAACUUUAUAAAUAUUCCAGUACUUUCUGGGAAAUGGGCAAAGCUCAGACUACUUUUAAGCUCAACUUAUAUAUUUGUAACAAUAAAUGCAAUUCGGUUUAAUUACUUGAUCCAAUUGGGUUUACUUGGA